AUUUUCUCGGGAAAAAAAUUUCGGAAAGGGAAAGCAAGUUUUUUUGAAGUGGGAAGAGAGAGAUGGGAGAAAUGGGGAAGGCGAUGGGAUUGCUGAUUAGCGGGACGCUUGUGUAUUACCACUGUGCAUAUCGCAACGCAACUCUUCUCUCUCUCUUCGCCGAUGUUUUCAUUGUUCUCUUGUGCUCUCUCGCCAUUCUCGGUCUCCUUUUUCGCCAACUCAAUGUCUCGGUACCAGUGGAUCCACUAGAGUGGCAAAUAUCACAGGAUACAGCAAGUAACAUAGUUGCGCGCUUAGCUAAUACUGUUGGAGCAGCAGAAGGUGUUCUGAGGGUUGCAGCGACAGGACAUGACAAGAGACUUUUUGUCAAGGUCGUAAUCUGCCUUUACUUCUUAUCAGCUCUUGGGCGACUCAUCUCAGGUGUAACCGUUGCUUAUGCAGGACUAUGGCUGUUCUGUCUCUCCAUGCUCUGUCAGUAUUCUCAGAAUUCUCAAUCUCUUGGAAACUGUGUACUUAAACGAGGAAAUGCGGAGAUUUUAGAACAAGAAGCACACUCUGAUAAAUAAGCUGUCUAGCUUUUGUUUAUACUUUUUUUUUCUUUACUCAUGCUCAAUGAGUCAGUGCUCAGUGCUCGCAUUUGCAUAGCCUCAGAGUAGUUUCCCAUUAUGUGUACAUUAUUUGUAUAAUGUCUCUGGUGAAAAUUGUAAUGAUAAUGUUUCCCUUGCACACCAUA